AGAGACAGUCAGAGACAAAGAGAGGGAGAGAGGGAGGGAGAAAGUCCAACACUGCUACUGAAACGUGUCAGCUGUUGGUUAAGGGAGGCUGAAGGAGGGAGGUAGAGAGAGAGAGAGAGAGAGAGAGAGAGAGAGUGUAUGUAUACCAGCGGGGUUGAGAGACCUUCCUCUCACCAGCGGAGCAGCAAGAUGAAGCGUUUCAUCACAAACACCCUCUCUGACUUCUUCUUCGAGUACGAGACCCCCCGUCAGGUGCUGGUACGGAGCAGAAGGGUGGGGGUCGUGUGCCGAUUGAUCCAGCUGGGGGUCCUGGCUUACAUCAUCGGGUGGGUGUUCAUCUAUGAGAAAGGCUACCAGUCGUCAGACACGGCCGUGGGUUCUGUCUUGACUAAGGUGAAGGGGGUGAGUUACACCAACGUGAACGGAGAGGAGAGGAUCUGGGACGUGGCCGACUAUGUCUUCCCUGUACAGGGAGACUCUUCUUUUGUGGUGAUGACCAACUACAUUAUGACCAAAGGUCAGAAAAUGGAAAAAUGUUCUGAGCCCCCAAACUCGAGGAGUCGAUGCAGCUCCGACGCAGAAUGUGAAGGAAGAUCAGAACGUACGGGAGAUGGUAAAGUCCGGACGGCAUGGCAGUGUGACAGUGUGGCACAGUCCCCUUUACUAACUCAGUGUUUCUCAACCUCUGGUCCGCGGACCAGCGCCAGUCCAUGGCAAAAUCGCCGGCCAGUCCUCUCUUCCUGUUCUCACUCCAGGUGUAACCUCGUAGAAGGUAUCGACAAUGACUACGUCAGAAAUUGCCUGUAUGACCCAAAGACAUCCCCACUGUGUCCAAUUUUCGGACUGGGCGACUUGGUACAGUUGUCUGGCUUCAACUUCUCCGACAUAGCCAAAGUGGGUGGGGCGAUUGGUAUCAUCAUUGAUUGGACCUGUAACCUGGACCAUGCCCAGUCAGAGUGUAAACCGAUCUACUCCUUCCACGGUCUCUAUGGAAACCCCAACGAGACAGACGAGGCCAGAGCAUCUUUGGGAUACAACUUCAGCCAUUGGGUAUGCAAAGCAUUAUAUGGAGGACAAGCAGGAGAAAGAACGCCUAUGAAAGUGUUUGGGAUUCGAUUUGACAUCAUUGUUCGUUCAGUGGCCAGAAAAUUUGAUAUCAUUCCAACACUAACAGCUAUAGGAUCUGGUGUUGGCAUCUUUGGAGUGGCGACUGUAGUAUGUGAUCUGAUUCUCCUGCAUCUACUACCCAAGAGGGAAUUCUACAACAACAUGAAAUUCAAGGUCACUGAAAAAAUGGAGAAGGAACCUUUAGAUGAGUUCAAGUCUGAAAAAGAAGUAUCCAAGAAGCAUUCAGAAGAGGUUCUAGUGCAUCACGAGGCACCGCUGUCAGAGACUUAGCCCUACAGCAGCUGCCGGGAUCAGAUCAGUCUUAAGGAGUGAUUCUGCAGAGGGGUCCUGACUCCUGGGCUCCAGUCUGCAGUAACAGGUGUCUGCGACUCCAACACACUGACUCCAAUCUGCACUGAGAAAUGUACAUUCUUAAACGAUUAAACAAGUGUGAUGGUUUUC